AUGUCUAAAUCAGAUGUUGCUGAUGGACAGCCAAUUCCCAAAGUCAAAAUUGUUUCUUUAGGAGAAACUAGAGUCGGAAAAAGCUGCCUAAUCAAAAGGUUCUGCGAAGGAAAUCGAUUUGUUACUCAAUAUAUUCCAACUAUUGGUAUAGAUUAUGGUGCAAGACAAUUUACAGUCGAUAAUACUAGUUUUUAUGUUCAUUUCUGGGAUAUGUCAGGAGAUGAUUCAUAUUUUGAAGUUCGUAAUGAAUUUUAUGGCGACACAGAUGGAUUUCUCUUGGUCUUUGAUAUGACUGCACGUGAGACAUUUACUCAGUUGCCAAGAUGGCUUGAAGAAGCCAAAAAAUACGGAGCUGAUUUAUCAUGCAUAGUACUUUGUGGAAAUAAAUGUGAUGGUUCAAAGCUUGCUGUGUCUACGCAAGAAGCUGCUGAUUUUGCAAAGAAAAAUGGAAUGCCUUUCUUUGAUACAUCAGCCAAAAGCGGUAAAAACAUCUCAGAAGCCUUUACUCAACUCUUUAGAACAGUUUUAGCCAAAAUAAAGAGGAGAUAA